ACUGCGUUGUGAUGCCCACGACGCGAGAGUGCCUGUGCUGUCAAGAGGUCAGCCAGGUCACCGCCAAGGCCGGCAACAAGUGCAUCACGCGCCACAAAGACUUUUUUGGUGCCAUCCUGAACCCCGUCGUCCUCCAGAUUGCUUAUGGCAUGAGGGCAAUGGAGCUGCACGACGGGGAACUCCUCAGGCAGAGAACGGCCCAUAAGAAAUACAGGUAUGUGGCAUACCGUCAGUUCUCCAGGUGGAUAUGGCAGCGGCUUGGCAAAGGCAACAUGAAAGUCCUGCCCUCCUGUGUCAUCCAAGCCAUCCGAACUGCCUAUCCGUCUGAAGUAUAUCGGGGGUUUGCGUAUCCCGCUCUGUAAACGUAUACAGAGCACAAGCUCUUCUGCUUCAUGCACACAGGGAGUUAUAAUGUCAGUGCACCGAGAACUUGUUGGCUUAUUGAAGAAAAUAGUGGGUAGACCUCUAAGCAUCUAGCAUUGAGGUCUACCCACUGUUCUUUCUGACAAAGCCAAUCUGAGCUCGGCGCCGUCCUCAC